AGACAUCUACUCGUUGGUAAUGCCUCUUCUUGCUUGCUGUUCCCAGUUUUCCGCUCGAGCCUGAGCGCAAACCAAGCACGGGCUUGUGUCCAUCGCUCACUUCUUCACUUUCCUCUAAGAUGACCUCAAGCACUCACCGUUUGACGGCUCUGGCCUACUUUCGAGACCGUUGCCAUUUCCCCAUGAGUUCAGGGCCUUAUUCUGUGGGUUCUGUGGACCUGGCCACUCCUCAAGUCUUCUUUAGACUCUAUUACCCUCAUCAGUUCCACGCAAGUCCACAAGCCAAGUUGCAAAUGCUUCAGGACAACCAUCGAAAAUGGACCCGAUGGUUGCCAGAACCCGAGUAUGCAACAGCUUACUUGAGUUUCAAGUACUCCAGACAACUACCAGCAAUUCUAGGAAAAGCGUUCCAAUGGCUAGCUUGGGAUCCUUAUUUACCCAACAUUGAGAAUGCUUCCCUCGUUAGUCAAAGUGGAGGAGAAGGCAAUGGACUUGAAAAAUUGCCUUUGAUCGUGUUUUCCCAUGGUAAUGGCGGAUGUCGAACCACUUACUCGAUGGUUUGCUCGGAAAUGGCUUCGAAAGGCUAUUUGGUGGCUGCCGUGGAACAUCACGAUGGUUCAGCGAGCAUUGCCAGAGCUUUGGGAGGGGAUGGCCAACUAGAAUGGGUUCUGCCACGAGUGGUUGUGGGCGAAGACUACGAAGUGAGAAACGAUCAAGUCUGUACACGUGCACGCGAGUGUCAAACGGUUUUGGAUGUCCUUCAAAGUCUGAACCAAGAGAAACAAGACGGUGUUGUGAAGAAGCCAUUUGAUCCCAGAGAUGCAUUCAGUCUGGGUUCUCUGUAUCAACGAAUUGAUCUUGAGGGUGGCGUGGCCAUCGCUGGCCACUCUUUCGGCGGAGCCUCAACCAUCAAAGCUUUGAUGGCCAAAGAGGGAGAAUUGUUCAAAGCCGGGUUCUGUUUUGAUUCGUGGAUGUUUCCAAUUAGGGAGGAAGCUCCAGAUCUGGCUAUCGUGGGAAAGCCGCUCUUUUUCAUCAACUACGAGAAGUUCCAGUGGCGUCGGAACCUGCAAACGAUGAGGAACUUUGAACGCCCUCUUCCCGAUUCGAUUGGAGUAUUGGCCCGGCCUUCGUCUGUUUCAUCUUCUGCCUGUCCCCCUUCUUCAUCAUUGCCGGUGAACUCCCAAUCCUCCACAAACGUAAUCACGAUCAAGAAGGCCAUUCAUUACGUUGCCACGGAUCUACCUCUAGUUCUCUCGAGCUCGUAUUUGAAAUAUCCCUUAGGAAUUCUGGAAUGGCUUUCGAGUCUUCGGUUCCCUCGCUUUCGCUCUGGAUCGUCUAGCUCGUUGCCAGCUUAUUCUCCCCACGGAGAUUCGUCGAGUGUGAGUGACGAAAAGACUCCUCUUGGUCCUUUGGAUGGCCUCGCUUUGAGCAUCGAUUUGUUUACGGCAUUUCUUGGCGACUGUUUUCACAGUCGAACCUCAAAGGAGGAUCACGAAACGAGGCAUAAUCUUUUCCAUAAAGUAGCAGACAACCGCGCCUAUCUGAUUCACGGUACCCGAUUCUUGGAUGUGGAGCCAAAAAGUGGUUCCGAAUAAAGUGUUUUCCAAUACAAAGAAGUGCGGAGAACCCAAGAACAUCAAGUCAUCCCUCACUAGAUUAUCAAUCUUCAAAGUUAUUCCUUGUCUCUUUGUCCGCAUCGUCAUCGUGAUAUCAUCAUCAUCAUCAUCAUCAUCGUUGUCGUCGUCAAACUGAAACUCCUUCAAGCUUUAUCAUGAUCCUACGAAAAUAUGCCCCUCUCUUCGGGCCAUUCAUUCAAUCUCUUGCUCAGAACCUCGCCUCUCGAGCUGCAUAGUCGGAUUCGUCCAUCCAAUCUACGUUGGUCCUUUAAGGCGUCCAUUCCCAGGCCAAAGCUGGCCUUUCGUCUCUUGUUGCCUCCCCAAGGUCCGUCCUUGUUGUUCGUCCAGGCGUGGAUGGAAGUGGAGAAGUGGCCCUCCUAGUGGGCUUGCUUCACAUGAAGCCCACUGUGCUGGCCUUUGUUAGAAACGAGACUACCCCAAAUUCUUGGAAAAUUUAGUCGCACACCAUCACCCAGAAAUGGGCACAGAUUGCUCAGAAAAAGGAAAAAGGAUGAGCACCCUUUGCCCUCGUCAAGAAAUGCAUGAAGGACGAAAUCUUAUAGAGCUCCUGGGAAAUCAAAAAAACAUGUCUUCCGAUGAUCGUGUUUUUGCCAUACCUCCUCUCUCUCUCUUGGGAUAAGGAGAAAAGAGGGAAAACACUCAACAUUCCGAUUGAUUGAGUCCGUAGACUAUAAUAGAGCGAGAGUGGAGCAGUUUCAGAUCGGGAUUCCCAAUCUCUGAUGGAAGUGAACUUGUGUUCCAAUUUCCACUCAUUUCCUUCGGAUGGAACGUGUAUAGAAGGGAAGGCAACCCUCGCGCCCGGAAAGUAAGUGGAUGGAACAAGGGAUAAAAGGAAGAAGAGAAGAAGAAGAAGUGGCGUAGCGCUCAGGGAAAAAUGCCAGCCCAACAGUGGAACGGGAGGAAGGAAAGGUUUCCAGGACAUCACACACACACACACACAUCUUUUCUUUGCCUCCUCUUUCGGAAUUGUCGUCCUUCAGUCCUCUGUUCUUGUUUGACUCGCUCCAAACCGAGAUCCAUACUGGGACCUGAAUGAGGCCGAGUCCAAGAGGAGUCUCACCAACCAGCCUUCGUUAUCUUGAAUGUUCCACAAACUCGAUCGACUCAUCCCACAUGAAAUCACCUCUAUGUGUUCGCUUUCGCCCUUGUGUGCUAUAAUGAGUGACAUGGAUUUCCCGUCUGAGAAAGGUUACGCAAAUAAAGACGGGAAGGUAGAUAUUGCCACAUGAAUUAUGCAUAAUCCUUUUCCCAAACAAAAAGAGUCUCUCCCCCCCUCUAUUAAAAGAGCUAAGAAUACGAAGCUUUCAUAUUACUAACGCAUUGACACCCUCUUCUUUCUA